AUGGCAAAGGUCAGCAGAAUCAGCGACAAAGUCGCCAUUGACGCGCUUAGAAAGACACUUUGGUACAAGUCGAAGUUCAGAAAGUGGAUAACACUCGAAAAGCCUCGCACGAUCCAGGACGCCCUCCACAAAGCCUCGGAUUACAUAAUGAUCGAAGAGGAGUACGUCCAUCACGAGGGGGAAGAACUCCAAGGCGCGCACAACUACUCGAUCAAUACGGAGCAGUACAGAACUUCGGGGAAUACGUGGAACCGUAACCAGAGUUACGACAAAAACGUCUACUGCGAGUUCCAUCAGACCGAAGGUCACUCCACGGUUAACUGCAAAGUUGUAGGGGCAAGGCUGGCCGCGAAGCUGCUUGCUGGAGAACUCUCUGGAGUAACCAGCAUCAAGGAUCUAAUCCUCGACUCCGACCGUCCGCCAAAAAACAAUAAGAAUCCUCCCGCGGAAAACUCGUCGCCGAGAAAUCAUGCGAGGGAUAAACGCGAAAGAAGACUGGACGAUAGAGGGAACGAUAACUCCCGCAGAAGGGUGAACAUGAUCAUGGGAGGAUCCCAAUACUGCAAGGACUCGGUCUCGACCAUCAAAGCCUACCAACGGAAAACCGAGUCAACUGCGAAGUAUCCCCCACAGUCUCCUCCUCGAGACGGAAAGAACACCUUGAUCACGUUCACUGAAGAAGAGGCUUGCGGAAUCGACCAGCCUCAUUGCUACCCCUUGGUCAUCGAUCUGGUAAUAAGAGACCUCGAAGUCGCAAGAAUACUCAUCGACACCGGAAGUACGGUCAAAAUCACAAACAGGCAAAACGGAAGCCGAUCAGUCAUCGCAUAG